AUGACCAGACGGUUUUUCGGGGACGAGGCAGCACUUAUAUAUCAAUAUUCAACGAACCUUCCGCCGUCCACCUCAGUGUUUUGCUCCAACUCCAACCAGUACACAAAGUACACGCAGAAGUUCACGGAAAUAUACCCACACCGUGGCGAAAAAGAUUCAAAGGAGUCCACGAUUGUGGUCGAUGUGUGCUCCGAGUUGACGGAAUAUCGAGCCGUUGUGAGUUACCUGCGACGCAGCGGUCAGCUUCGUCUCAUCCACGAUGCCGAAUCUCGUCCAGUGAUGUUCACCAUCGAUGAGGACAAGCAACUCUGUGUCCUCGAACAUGGUGUCCAAGCCUGUGAAGGCUGGUCCAACCUUGCCAUCACCCCAACUGGGGCUUCGGCGUCAUCAUUCGAUGUGAUUCAAUCUGGGACCAUGGUAUUUUUGACUGUAGUUUGCCCGUCAAUCUCAAGCAGUGGGCCAUUCCACGAUGUAUAUCACUGCACGGUGGAUCUGUCCAAAGAAGGAUUUUCCUUUACGAACCCACUGGAGAUCGACGACGAUAAACCAGCAGGGAAGCCACUUUACAAUGCGUCCACUCUUCAACAGACUGAACCGAUAAUUCUCGGUGGCGUCGAGUCCGCCACGAGAGAAGAUGGAAUGAUUUCCCUAUUCAAGGACUUUUCAACCGCGGAACGAGGAAGAUGCGUGGGUCAAGUUUCUGCUCCCGGUGGGGGCUAUUCUCGUAGCUUUGAAUUUAAGGCUGUAAAGCUUGGCAACCUGCGGGGGGUUUUCUCCUUGCUCAAUCCCUGGAACUUAACCGAUGUCUUCAUUGCUCGGCAAUAUGGUAUCGGUUUCUAUGGUUUUGAAAACAUCGACAAUCUGGCGACCGAGCCAAUUCUUCCCGAAGUAGGGUUCCGCCAGCUAGUAGCAUCGGAGGAUGUGGAUCCUCACGCCCCGGAUGAACAGUCCAAGAUCGCCAUCUUCGCCGUUUCGGAUGAUAACUGCCUCUACUUCGUUGAAGGAACCCGUCGCUUUGCCGACCGCAAAGUCUCCUUCUCGGCAUCCGGGUUUCCCAUCAGAACAGGGGUUACCCACCUCUCCGCAAGAUAUAACGCAUCACACGGCACCAGUGAACUGCUAUACGGAACACAGGAUGAAAAUGCUCUGUAUUUCAUUCGCCGCGACCCUGAAGGGCGAUUUUGGAGCGAAGACCGCAUAACUUGGAGGGCCUCGAAGUUUAUCAAAUACGACGCCUUUGUGACGGCCAUGUUAUUCACGGACGGCAACGGCCAACCACUGCCGCUAGGUUAUCCUAUCAGUCUUACUGCAGAUUCAGUCAACGUAGUGACAAAUGGAGCUAGUUACUCUCUCACUCCAUCACCAACUGUGAUAUACACAGAUGCCUCAGGGUCUAUUCUGAUGGCCAUCCCUUCGCAGGAUCGCCUGGGUGUUAUGCCCGUGACAGUCUCUCUAGGACCAGAGAAAGCCAGCUACCAGUUUACGGUGAACCCGGAUGAACGAGUGCGACGUCUACUGGGAAAGUUUGGCUCUACCGACACCUUGUUGAACGCGACAACGACAACGGGGGAGAAGGUUUUUGACGGGUAUCAGACGCAGGACCUCGAGCAGGCAGCCGCUGUUUUGGGAAAUUUCCAAGAGAUGAAGGAAUCAGUCGAGAAACUGCCUCAGACUUCGACACCAAUUGCUGAAAAUCCGGGAAAGAGCAAAGACGAGCCGAGCUGGCUUGAGAAGGUUGGUCACAGCAUCGAAAGGUUCUUCUGCGAUGUCGUCGAGUUCGUCAAAAAGGUCGUCAAAAGCGCAGUCAAGGUCUACAUCCGCGUCGUCGGGCCCGUCUUGAAACUUGUAAUCGAUUUCUUUGGCAAGGUAUUAUCCUUCGAAGUGAAGACAGUUUAUGCCCUUCUAGAAGGAAUUGGCGCGGCUUUAGAUGUUGUCUCUCCAAAAUUCGGACUGAAAAAAUUCUUGAGGCUGCUCAAGCUUUCCUUGGAUCCUGAAUGUAUCAAAGAGACACAGCAGUACUUCAAUGACUCUUUUCUGGGUUCAUUAGGAUAUGUGGAUCGCUUCUUGACAGUCAAUCGGGAGAGCAUGAUUUGUCUUCUCGAUGAUGUCGCGGCACUUGUGCAACGAUUCAUCGAUGAUCCUCGCGACCUUCCAAAGGAGAACCAGGAACAAAAGCCCAGCCUUUCCUCCGGCAUUAUGAACAAUCCUUUCAUUCGACUAUUGUUGACGAUCAACCCCAUUUCAUGGAUCAUGGAAGCCAUAGAGGAAGAGAUUCCGGACAUACAAGUUCCCUCGCUGACCCCUUUGCUUCAAGAGAUGCAACAGGUCGUGGGAAGGUCUAUGAACCGUGAAGGCCAGAUAAUUCGUCAAUUACUCGACACGCUGAUUGAACAGUUUGAAAAAGCGAGAAACGGUAACCAAACCGUGUUGGCGGCCUUCAUGACCAGCCUUCAGGGUACCUUUUGGACGCUUUACGACACCCUUCGAACCAUGGUGGAAGGGCUCUACGACUGGAUAUUGGUAUUUAUCCGGGGCAUUGGGUCAAUUCUUACCCAAGUGUGGAAGAUCCCGGGUUUGACCGAUCUUUGGGAAGACAUAACGGGCACCGAAUUCACUCUGCUCGGCUUUGCGACUUAUCUUCCUAUCGUGGUAACCAAUUUCCAUCGUUUGAUGGUCUUUGACCAGCUCCCUGUUGAGAUGCUUCCUAUCAUCGACUUUGAAACCCUUCCAGUGCAUCGUCUCUAUCAUUCCCAUCAGAUCCAGCCCAAUUUCUUUGCCCUGAACGCAGCCACCGUGGUACCGGAGCAGUUGGAAUAUCUCGCCCCAACAUUGCAUCACACAUUUGCAAACAAAGUGGAGCCACAGAACAUCAGGAUCAAUAGCGUCAACUCAAAGAGCCUAGGUGUCAGCAACUCUGUUCGAGUCUUGUCUGAAGGAGAAAGUUUCACCACAACGAAGACAGGUAACGGGAUCCAUUGGCUGGGCGUCGUGUUCGAGAACGUGGGGCGAAUUUUGAAUGGAACUCUUGCAGGAUUCGAGUCACUUCAUGGAUACGGACAGAUAGCCAGAGGGGAAGCGGAGACUGUGGGAACGGGUCAAGUAGCUCCUGCUACACAGACGGGCACCCGGUUCCGACACAUCAACACCGGGCAGAACGCUGGUGGAGGAAAUGGGAACGGGUCUAGUCAACGCAACCCAAGAUCGGCGACCAAGUGCAUCGCUGCUGUGGGAAAAGUCUUCCAGGUGAGUGGCUUAAUCAUCUCCGGGGUCACUGGAGAAACCGCGCCGACAAGUGAAGACCCUUUUCGCAUUAUUCCCGCGGGACUCGGGAUUCUUGACUUGUUUUGUGUGGUGACUGCCAAUAUCAGUGAGGGUACCUACAAAGGGGCUAAUUCCGCCGCUGAGGUACUCGGCGCUCUCGGGUCCAUUUCCCGCGCAUGGAUACUGGACAAAGAUCAAGAGGGCGAGGUCGAAACGGCGAACAAAUGGUUCCAUACGUUUGGACCUGCUUUUGGUCUCGUUGGAAUGGGCCUUGACUGCUCUAAGGAUCCCCGGGCUAAACUUGUUGCAAUAGGUCUUCAUUUCGGGGAUGCGGUCUGCGGCGUCGUUGGUUUUGCAACGGCUAUCGUUGCGACUAAGCAUGCCAAGGUGUAG